CUCAAUGGGCGUGAGUUUGAUCAAGCUCUGGGAGUUGGUGAUGGACAGUAAAGCCUGGUGUGCUGCAGUCCAUGGGAAUGCAAGGAGUUGGACAUGACUGAGCGACUGAACUGAACUGAGGGAUGCGACGUUUCUGCAGGACAGAUCUCAGCAGUGCUUUGACAUCAGUGUGACUGAAUAUAUCAUGACUGACUUUCAAAUGAAAUUUCAAAAUUCUGUGAGAAUGAUUGCUCAGAUGAUGUAUAACACUUUUAAUUUCUUAAGUAUGCAAAUCCUUAAAUGUUGGAUUGUAUUGGUUGGGAUAUAAGCGUGGUAUUUGGACAAAUAGGAAUUAUUUUAGGAGUUGAGGUAAAAUAAUUUGAAGUAACCUAUUUAUCAGUUAUUACAUCAAAUGCUUCUUGGUGGCCUGCUUUAUAUGUGGCCUGUGUUACAUACUAAGUAAGCUUUAUGGAGGCAAGAGAAGAUUGAGACACUACUUUCAAGAAAUAUUACUGUUUCAAGAAUGUGUUACCUGCUUGUUAUUGUGGAAUGCCUAUCUAACAACUGUACAUUUUAAGUGGUCCUAUAGAGGUUUUUUUUAGGUAUAACUGUCAGAAAAUGGGUAUGUUUAGGUGACAGAUGGGCCUUGACAGUUAAUUUGUCGAACAAGUAUGUUUUGCCUGUUACUAUAUUUGUAUGUCAUUUAGCAUUUUGUAUUUAUUAAGUAUAUCUUAAUAUGCUUGAAAAAUCUGUCGCAAUAAAUUUCCUGUAAGACUUUGCUAUUCACUCCUCACAAGUGACCUUUUUUUGUUCCUUUUUUUCCCCUCUGCCCUACCUUGGAAUCAAGAAUUUACUUGAAAUUUUUCUUCUCUUCAGUAAUGCAGAAAAAUGUCACCUGCUUUUCCAAUUCGUGGAACAGCAAAGUCUGUUUAGAUUAGUGCCAGAUACAUUAGAGGUAUGACCAGCCACUUGAUGAUGUGGACUGCCCCUUCUAGACCUUCACCCACUGAGCCCAGAGGGCCAGCGUAGUUGAGCAGUGCGAGUGAAAGGGUGUCAGGUUAUGUGUCUGUCUUAAUAACUUAAGUCAAUAAAAAGCAAUUUUUAUGUUGCUAGAUUUGUAUGUUUGAAGACUAUAACAGCGGUUUGUUUCAAACCUCAGGAAGUAGGAAAUAUGUGAGUAGGUUGCUUGCUUCAAAUUUGGUUAACUAGGAAAUACCGAUACAUUCCUACCAUAUGGUAUUAGCAUAAUACCCAAUGGAGCCUCUGAAUGUUUUGUUUUCUUCUUGACUAUCCUAGCUGUAUUAUGAGGACAAUUGAUACCUAUUUGUUAUAGUGGUGAAUAUAGUAAUUUUUAUGAAUGUCUCUACAUAAAAAAAUUUUUACAUGACUUAUUUUGAAGUCUCAAAAUUAAUAUAUGGGUAUUAUGUUUAUCUUAUGCUUAGGAUUUUAUGAAAAUGGAAAAUUAUGAGGCAUUUGUAGGCUUUGACCUUUGUAAGAUACCACUCUCCAGUGUUGCACAGAAGAUUAUGUCUGCUAUGCAUUCAGGUGAUUUAGUGGAAUCUGAGAAUUGGAGAGAGAGUGAAAAGACUGCAGAUGUGGUAGACAAAUCCAGUGUUAAAUAUUCAGUACUACUUGAAGAUGGAAAGAAUCAAUCACUGGAAAAAAAGAAUCUUAAUUUUCUUACGAGCCAGCCGUCAGGAGUUUCCAUCAAGUUCUGUCCUCAGUCCUCUAGUAUCAGAGUCACAGAUCAACUGUCUGCUGAGCAAAACCAGAAGGGUAUCAGCUCAUCGGCUCCUUCAAGGUGUUCAGUUCCACAGUGUGACCAACAGGCUUCAGUUCUGCAGCAAAUGGAACGUAAAAGAAAACACCUACCAAAGGAACACAUAACUAAUGAAAACAACAGAGAAAGCAUGAAUCUUACAGGAAAACACAUCUCAUGUAAUCAUUCAUCUGCGAAAACAAGUAAACUGGUGAUAUUGGAAGAAGAUGCUGGUGAGGUUGAAACCUACCUCAAUUUCAGGAACUCAGAGGCAUUCAAAACUGAUUUUUGUGACAUUAGACAUUUGGAUGCUUUGGAGAAAAGCCAGCUGAUUGAAAUGCUCAAACAGGCAGCCACCGUGGUGGUAACUCUGAUGUAUAAGGAUGGCUCCACCCAGCUGAGAGCUGACCAGGCUCUGGUUUCCUCUAUUAAAGGCAUUGUGAUGUUACUGAGGAGCUAUCCAGAGGAAGACAGCGGUCCUCUGGCUGCCCCAGCCUCUGACAGUGUUCCGGAGGACAUGCCCAGUGAUCAGUGUAUCUACAUAAAAACUGAGCACUCCUCUAUCUGGGGCCAAGAGCAAGAGGCACAUCAUCAAUUUGCCAAGAACGUGCUGCUUGAAGUCCUGAAACAUAAACGCCCCGUUACUUGUUUUAACGCAAAGGAUUUUGUGAGAACAGUGCUGCAAUUUUUUGGUGACGAUGGCAGUUGGAAGUGUGUUGCUGACUUUGUAGGGCUAGAUCCCAGAAUUGCUGCGUGGCUUAUAGAUCCUAGUGAUGUUGCACCCUCUUUUGAAGAUUUAGUGGCAAAGUACCUAGGAAACCCCACCACAUUUACAGUCAACAGCGUGGAUGGAAAUUCCUCAAGAAAGACUGUGAAUCAGGCUGUCCGUGCGAACCUGAGGGUACUCCACAGACUGACGAUGCACCUCUGCUCCCAGCUAAAGGCUUGUGGUUUAUGGCAGCUCUUCUGGACUUUGGAGCUUCCUUUGAUACCGAUUUUGGCAGUGAUGGAAACCCAUCGCAUUCGGGUGAACAAGGAGGAGAUGGAGCGGACGUCAGCGCUUCUCGGGUCUCGUCUCAAGGAACUGGAGAAAGAAGCCCAUUUUGUUGCAGGAGAACGGUUUCUUAUCACAAGUAAUCAUCAGCUUCGAGAGAUCCUGUUUGGCAAGCUGCAGCUGCACCUGCUGUGCCCACAGGACGCGCUCCCCAUGCCGGGGCUGCGGAGACUACCGUCCACGUCGGAAGCCGUGUUAAACGCUCUGCAAGACCUUCAUCCAUUACCCAAAAUAAUUUUGGAAUACAGGCAGGUUCACAAGAUCAAGUCAACCUUUGUAGAUGGAUUACUAGCUUGCAUGAAAAAGGGCUCCGUAUCCUCCACGUGGAACCAGACGGGCACCGUGAGCGGAAGGCUGUCGGCGAAGCACCCCAAUAUCCAAGGUAUCUCCAAGCACCCAAUUCAGAUAACUAAACCUCAAAGUUUUAAAGGUGAAGAGGACGAACUCACCAUCUCCCCAAGGACGGCGUUUGUUUCAUCUGAAGGCCACACCUUCCUGGCAGCAGACUUCUCGCAGAUCGAAUUGCGCAUUCUUGCACACUUAUCUGGGGACCCAGAACUUUUGAAGUUGUUCCAGGAAUCUGAGAGAGAGGAUGUAUUUUCCACCCUGACUUCACAGUGGAAGGACAUCUCCCCAGAGCGCGUGACGCACGCGGACAGGGAGCAGACCAAGAAGGUCGUGUACUCGGUGGUCUACGGAGCAGGGAAGGAGCGGCUUGCUGCUUGCCUCGGAGUUCCUGUUCAGGAAGCUGCCCGGUUUUUGGAGAGCUUUCUGCAGAAGUACAAGAAAAUAAAGGACUUCACGCAAGCAGCCAUUGCCCGGUGUCAGCAGACAGGCUACGUGGAGUCCCUCAUGGGCCGCAGGAGGCCGCUGCCCAGGAUCCGAGCUCAUGACCCGCAGCUUCGGGCGCAGGCGGAGCGGCAGGCGGUGAACUUCGUGGUGCAAGGCUCGGCUGCUGACCUCUGCAAGAUGGCCAUGACCCGCGUCUUCACGGCUGUGGCCACGUCGCCUACCCUGACGGCCAGGUUGCUUGCCCAGAUUCACGAUGAGCUGCUGUUUGAAGUGGAGGAUUCACAGGUUCCUGAGUUCGCGGACCUCGUCCGGGGAACCAUGGAGGCCCUGCAGCACGUGCCGGCGCUGGAGCUGCAGCUGCAGGUGCCCCUGAAGGUGAGCCUGAGUGCAGGCCGCUCGUGGGGACACCUGGCACCUCUGCAGAGGGCCCCUGGCCCCGGCCCCACCACCGUCCUGCCAAGUCUCCAAGCAACAGCUGGGCCCCCGCCAGCUCUAGAGCACCGACCCCCACGCCCACAUUUUUCGCCUUCAUUUGGCCUGUAGCCCCAGGCAACAGCGAAGAGAACCAGCGUCCACCAGCGCUUUCUAUGUGGUCGGGGUCGCCUGCAGUAAACGCUUCUCAAGGA